AUGGAUAGCUCGAAUGGCUAUGCAUCGUUAGGGUGUGGAUGGAUUACUUACGACGAAAAUGAAUUGUCAAGUCUAUUCUUAGAUACCGCGAGACUAGGUAGUGUUGGAGCUAUCUCUCUCGGGUUUUCAAGUGAUGAAAUAACAACCAUCUUCUCUAGCACAGAUGUUUUGGGUGCAAGCUUGUACAUGGCAACCCUUGGUGAUGACAAGGUACUAAUAGAUGAUAUAAAAGACGCCGACAUUACAAUUAUGAAUGGCAAAGCAGCUUUGGUGCAAGCUAGCAACAAAGCUAAUCUUGGUGAAAUUUCAUGCAAAUCUAUCGACAAUGGUGUUACAAAUGUUAGUGGUACGUCCAUAGACAUUGGAGGAGCCAAUUUCAUUUUCUAUUGCUCGUCGAUUGAUGUUGCAAGGGUGCCAAUGGUAUAUGUAUUGGCUUAUCCAAGCAAUGGAUUAAUUAGCAUUGUACACAAUCACACGAAGGUGGAACUAAUACUUCAAAUUAUCAUGGUGGUUGACAUGGUAAUUUAUGUGUUCGCGUUUGUAACUUUGAUUGUUAGAGCGGCUAGGAGGGAAGUGCACUUGUGUGCAGCGUACAUGAGGGAAAUGGAGAAAACAACACAAGCUGAGAGAAAGAGCAUAAAGCAAAGCUUGGCCUUUGCGAGUGCUAAUCAUGAUGUUCGCGGCUAUUUAGCUUGCAUUAAGGGCUUGACCGAACUCUCUGCUGCUGAUCUUCCUCCCUCUUCUGAAGUUGCUUCUAGCUUGAGGAAGAUAGAUACUUGUGCUGAGGACCUUUUAGCAUUAGUGAAUUCCAUCCUAGAUUUCAGCAAGAUAGAAGCAGGGAAAAUGCAAUUGGAGGAGAAUGAAUUCAACUUAGCACAACUAAUUGAAGACGUAGCUGAUUUACACCACCCGGUUGCAAUGAAAAAGGGAGUAGAGGUGAUCCUAGACCCUAGUGAUGGUUCCAUCUUCAGGUACUCCCAGGUAAGAGGUGAUCGCGGCAAGCUCAAGCAGAUCCUUGGCAACUUGCUAAGCAAUGCUGUCAAGUUCACUUCACAAGGGAACAUUUGCAUCACAUGUCAUUCAAAGAAACCAAGCUUUGAGAACUCUAUCAUUGCCUCAAACAGGAACAACUUGUUAAACAGGUUGUCGAGCUUCUUCCAUAAGAAUAAGCGUGCAUAUAAUGAUCUCGAAGACAUGAAGACAAUCAAGCAAGAUCCAAACUGUAUGGAGUUUGAGUUCCAAGUGGAAGAUACAGGUCCCGGGAUCCCUAAGGAGAAGCGCCAUUUGAUCUUUGAGAACUUUGUUCAAGUCAAAGAAAACUCUGCUGAGCAAGUUGGCACUGGUUUGGGUCUAGGCAUUGUCCAAUCUUUGGUUAGAUUGAUGGGAGGAGACAUAGAAAUUGUGGACAAAGCCAACGGUGAGCAAGGGACAUGCUUCAAGUUCAACAUCUUUUUAAUAGUACAAGACGAAUGUUUGGAUAACCCAAGGCAAGAAUUGACUGAGCAUAGGGAGAUCAAUUCGGGCUCAGGGUUAAGCACGUGUGUUCGUAGUCCUAGAGGUGAUAAGUCUCUAGUGAUUCUCUUAAUCAAGAAUGAUGCGCGGAGAAUAAUGGUCCAUAGAUACAUGGAGAGCCUCGGAGUAAACUUGAAGGUCCUAAGCCAUGGGAAGCAACUCUCUCCGAAUCUUAAGAAGAUCAAAUCUAUGCUCAUUGAGCCUCAAUAUAACAACUCCUCGUCAGGGAGGUCAGACACGAGCCCUCCUCGAGGAGCUUGCUUGAGUAGCAACUCUGAACGCAGUGGUAGAGGUUGGUCCAAACUCAAUCCUCUUAGUACAAUGGAUGAUACCAAUGAAGUACUCCCGGUGUACAAAAGGUCCACUAUUCGAGGGUCAGUGAACUGCAUACUACUUGUAAUAGAUUGCAAUGUAGGAGAUAAUUUUCAGAAAAUGCAGAGAUCGGUAUCUGAGUUUAGAAAGGACCUUUACAUGACCUGCAUCAAGGUAGUUUGGCUCGAUAGGCCUGACACUCGUAGAGCUCACUUCCAAGGUUUGCAAGAUGAGAGUCUCCCUUUGACAGAUCUUAUCAUAUCGGAGCCUCUUCAUGGAUCACGCUUAUUAAGGAUUAUAAGGCUUCUCCCUGAGUUUGGGGGAGAUUCUAUAAGAUCUCCUUAUGGGAGAUCAAAGAGGUCCAACAUUGCAAUUCUAAGCAACACACAUUCGAAUACUGAAGAAGAUAUUGGUGAGUCCAGUAGUGGGGAGAUUAAGCUAGCUAGGAAAAGGCGAAGCUUGAAAUUUACUACUUGUAGGGAUAACUUUGCUAAUGAGCAAGAUAUCCCUCAAGUUCUAAGGAGCUCUAGCAGCGAGAAGUCUUCAUCGAUGACUAAAACUACUCAAACAGGAGAGAUACAAGAAGUUCCAAGCAAUGUAGAGAUCCAGAAAUCUCCCUUGGAGGGGAAAAAAAUUCUGAUCGUUGAAGAUCAUUUCUUACAACGAAAGCUCGCUGAAACAAGUGUUAAGCGUUUAGGUGCCGAAACUCAGACAUGUGGAAAUGGCGAAGAAGCUCUUGAGGUGGUCUGCAAAGCAUUGAGCAACCAACCAAGUGGAGAACCCUUUAAGUUUCCAUAUGACUUUAUAAUCAUGGACUGUCAGAUGCCAGUUAUGGAUGGUUUUGUAGCAACACAAAAAAUCCGCGAAGAAGAGAGGAAGUAUGGACUACACAUUCCGAUUAUUGCACUGUCGGCUCAUGAGGUGGAUGGAGAAGAAGGCAGGAAGAUUGCUGAGGCUGGAAUGGAUUUCCACCUGACAAAGCCACUCCGUGGUGAAGAACUUCUAAAAGUAGUACAGCAUCUGUUAAUAUAAGAGAUUUGUAUAGAUCAUACAUGUACUUUAAUUAUGUAUUAGUAGGUCCUUAUUUAUGUGCCUGCAAAAUCUGGAUAUUUUUGCAUUGUGCAGGUACUUAGGUUUUGUAAUCUGCAUGG